AUGUCUUCCACCGAGUCUGAAGAACACAUGAAGCUACGGGAUGACCUCCGUGAACUCAGGACGACAUUCAGCUCCUUUCGAGCAGAUCAGUUUGACUACAGUUAUCUGCAGGCACUGAAGGUGAACGUCUCAUCCAUGGAUCUGGACAAUCCCGAUAAGAAGCCGAAUUUUUUCACUGCAUGCCGUGCCUCUCUGUUACUGGAUCCUGAUGAUGAAUAUGACCGGGGGAAGAGAAUCACGUAUCCUGAUUUCGAGUCAACCGACCCGAUACAUAGACGUCCAAUCGAUUGCGCAAAGAACUUGAUUGCUUAUUUCUCCUCCUACAUUACUGCCAAUGACAUUGGUAGUGAAACCAAAAUUUCUGCCACGUCGUGGUCUAGUAUCAGCCUAGGUGAAAAGCCUUUCGAUGGCUUGGACGAAUAUAAAGAACCGGAAUUCGGAGUCACCUCGGCCAUUAGGGUCCGAAACUCUUCACAUCCGCACGUGAAGGCGAUGAUCUACAAUGAUCUGGAAGGUAAAGAUGGUCGACUUCUCCGUGGAGAGAUUAUACUUGCUCUCCGCAUCAUUCUUGCACAAGCCAGGUGGCGUCGCUUGUUUGGGCAUAUGACUGUCCCGGUUCUUCUUUUUUCCUUCAUGGGACGCCAACAUGCUCGAAUCAUCGAAGCAUACUUCGAUGGGAAAUUGUUGGUGAUGCGUCCAACUCGGCUAUUUGAUCUCUGCGAUAAGGACAAAGUUUUGAUCAAACGCUUUGGGCAGUGGUAUUUCGGAGAGCCGACCGGAGAAACCAGAAAGAAGCUACGAUCCUGA